CGAAAAUGACUUUACUCAACAAAUCAUAAAGAUAUUGGAACUUUAUACUUUAUUUUUGGAAUUUGAGCUGGAAUAGUAGGUAUAUCUUUAAGUUUAUUAAUUCGAGCUGAAUUAGGUAACCCAGGAUCUUUAAUUGGUGAUGAUCAAAUUUAUAAUACUAUUGUCACUGCUCAUGCUUUUAUUAUAAUUUUCUUCAUAGUUAUACCAAUUAUAAUUGGAGGAUUCGGAAAUUGAUUAGUACCUUUAAUAUUAGGAGCCCCUGAUAUAGCUUUUCCUCGAAUAAAUAAUAUAAGUUUUUGACUUUUACCCCCCUCAUUAACUCUUUUAAUUUCAAGAAGAAUUGUAGAAAAUGGAGCAGGAACCGGAUGAACAGUUUACCCCCCACUUUCAUCUAAUAUUGCUCAUGGAGGAAGUUCAGUAGAUCUGGCAAUUUUUUCUUUACAUUUAGCAGGUAUUUCAUCAAUUUUAGGAGCAAUUAACUUUAUUACUACAAUUAUUAAUAUACGAAUUAAUGGUUUAUCAUUCGAUCAAAUACCAUUAUUUGUUUGAGCUGUAGGAAUUACAGCCUUAUUAUUACUUUUAUCAUUACCUGUUUUAGCAGGAGCUAUUACUAUAUUACUAACAGAUCGAAAUUUAAAUACUUCAUUUUUUGAUCCAGCUGGUGGAGGAGAUCCAAUCCUAUACCAACACUUAUUUUGAUUUUUUGGUCAUCCUGAAGUUUAUAUUCUAAUUUUACCUGGAUUUGGAAUAAUUUCACAUAUUAUUUCUCAAGAAAGAGGAAAAAAAGAAACUUUUGGAUCAUUAGGUAUAAUUUAUGCUAUAAUAGCAAUUGGUUUAUUAGGAUUUGUUGUUUGAGCUCAUCAUAUAUUUACUGUUGGAAUAGAUAUUGAUACACGAGCUUAUUUUACUUCAGCUACUAUAAUUAUUGCUGUCCCAACUGGAAUUAAAAUUUUUAGAUGAUUAGCAACCUUACAUGGAACUCAAAUUAAUUAUAGUCCUUCUAUUCUUUGAAGAUUAGGAUUUGUAUUUUUAUUUACUGUUGGAGGAUUAACAGGAGUAAUUUUAGCUAAUUCUUCUAUUGAUAUUACAUUACAUGAUACAUAUUAUGUAGUUGCACACUUUCAUUAUGUUUUAUCUAUAGGAGCUGUAUUUGCAAUUUUAGGAGGAUUUAUUCAUUGAUAUCCAUUAUUUACUGGUCUUUCUUUAAACCCAUAUUUACUAAAAAUUCAAUUCUUUACUAUAUUUAUUGGAGUAAAUUUAACAUUUUUUCCUCAACACUUUUUAGGAUUAGCAGGUAUACCUCGACGAUAUUCUGAUUACCCCGAUGCUUAUAUCUCAUGAAAUAUUGUUUCUUCUUUAGGUUCUUAUAUUUCCUUAUUAGCAACUAUAUUAAUAUUAAUUAUUAUCUGAGAAUCUAUAAUUAAUCAACGAAUUGUAUUAUUUCCAUUAAACUUAUCAUCAUCAAUUGAAUGAUAUCAAAAUCUUCCACCAGCUGAACAUUCUUAUAAUGAACUACCAAUUUUAAGAAAAU